CUUUUGUUCUUCAACCCAGCAUAGCAUGCUUUCCAGUUUCUUUCUCCUUUCUCCCUUAGCAUUUAGCACUCAGCUUCUUUGUGCGUAUACUUCGCCAACGCCCUAGACUGAGAAAGAAGGUCAGAUUUUAGAGUGAGGUCCAAAAAUGGCAUCGACUUUCCCAGCCCAGCUUGCGACCUCUUCCAGGCAAAAUCGCCGUCGCCGUAUGAUCAAAUUGGUCCCUACCGGCGGGUCUAUCUCCUGGAGGAGUAAUUUGGUGCCAGAACGGCUAGUUUCAUCUCUCACCUUCCUCUCUCUACCAUCUUCCUUUUCUUCAGGCACAAGCUGCAUACGACCGGUGGUGAAAUGCGCUGGUCAGGUGGCUGCAACAAGUGCUGCGGUGAAUUUGGCCCCUGGAACGCCUGUAAGACCGACGAGCAUACUCGUUGUUGGAGCCACCGGCACCCUAGGGAGGCAGAUUGUGAGGAGAGCACUGGAUGAAGGCUACGACGUCCGUUGUCUCGUACGGCCUAGACCAGCCCCUGCUGAUUUCCUCCGUGACUGGGGCGCUACGGUUGUCAAUGCAGACCUCAAGAAACCAGAAACAAUUCCGGCAACCCUGGUGGGUGUUCAUACAGUCAUUGAUUGUGCCACUGGCCGUCCAGAGGAACCCAUUAAAACUGUAGAUUGGGAAGGAAAGGUUGCUCUCAUACAAUGUGCAAAAGCAAUGGGAAUUCAAAAGUUUAUAUUCUUUUCAAUCCACAAUUGUGAUAAGCACCCAGAAGUUCCACUUAUGGAGAUCAAGUACUGCACCGAGAAGUUUCUAAGUGACUCCGGCUUAAACCACACAAUUAUCAGGUUAUGUGGUUUCAUGCAGGGAUUAAUAGGUCAGUAUGCCGUCCCCAUACUGGAAGAAAAAUCCGUGUGGGGAACAGAUGCGCCUACCCGCAUAGCCUACAUGGACACCCAGGAUAUAGCUAGAUUGACAUUAAUAGCAUUAAGAAACGAGAAGAUCAAUGGGAAACUUCUCACUUUUGCUGGUCCUCGGGCAUGGACAACCCAAGAGGUGAUAACACUAUGUGAAAGACUAGCAGGACAAGAUGCAAACGUUACCACAGUCCCGGUUUCAAUUCUGAGACUAACUCGUCAACUGACUAGGUUAUUCGAGUGGACAAAUGAUGUUGCAGAUAGAUUAGCAUUUUCAGAGGUUCUUACAAGUGACACAGUUUUCUCAGUUCCAAUGGGUGAGACGUUCAAUCUCUUGGGAGUAGAUCCGAAAGAUGUUGUGACACUUGAGAAAUAUUUACAGGAUUACUUCACAAACAUAUUGAAGAAAUUAAAGGAUCUCAAAGCACAAUCAAAGCAAUCUGACAUUUACUUUUAAAAUACGUGUUUCAUUCAAUUCACUUUUUCAAUUAAUACCUUGCCUGUAUACAUAAUACAUACACCUUCCAUCUCUAUAUAUAUUAUACUUUAUGUCUCUUACA